UUCGUUUAUCACCCUCCAAAGCAGCGCUAUGUGAUUCAUCUCUGUUCCUUCUCCCCCUUCCAUGGUCACCCAUUGAAACAAGUUAUAUUUCUCUCUCUAAAAAAAACCUCCUCCUCUCUCCAGAUAACACCGUUAGACCCGGUCUAUCUCUACCCCUUGGGACAUUCUAAAGCUUUUCAUUUUCAGCGUUUUAUUGCCCUCCUUUUUCUUACUCCUUUACACAUCUCUCUCUCUCUCUCUAGGGUUCUGAUUCUUCAGUACAAGCCUACACUAUUCAUUUUCUUUCUUAAUCUCUAUAGGAAUGACAACUUCUGUGAAGAACAACUUCUUGCCUCCGGGUUUGGUUUCGAAUCUCCAGGACGUCCUUCGAAGCAGAAAGGGAGGAGAAGAGGAACAAGCCAAGAGCACCGAUGACUCCACCGAACCAUCUUCUUCUACUACGAAUUCUGAUAGUAAUGAACCAAAUUUAGAUAAAGACAGUUCAAAGCCUGUUGUUUUGGUCACAAAUGGUGAUGGGAUUGAAUCACCUGGGCUCACUCACCUUGUUGAAGCUCUGGUUCAUGAAGGCCUCUACAAUGUCCACGUCUGCGCACCACAAUCGGACAAAUCAUUGUCGGGUCAUUCAUUGACACUCCAAGAAACAGUUGCUGUUAGUUUAGCUGAAAUUAAUGGUGCCACAGCUUAUGAAGUUUCUGGGACACCUGCGGAUUGUGUAUCACUAGCAUUAUCUGGAUCACUGUUUUCUUGGUCAAAGCCUCUGCUGGUAAUUAGUGGAAUUAACAGGGGUUCAAGUUGUGGCCAUCACCUGUUUUACUCAGGUGUUGUGGCUGGAGCUAGAGAGGCUUUGCUUAGUGGUGUACCAUCUAUAUCAAUAUCUCUGAACUGGAAGAAGGAUGAAAGUCAAGAAAAUGACUUCAAGGAUGCUGUAACAGUCUGUUUACCAUUGAUAAGCGCAGCCAUAAGAGAUAUAGAGAAGGGAAAUUUCCCCAAAAGUUGCUUACUGAAUGUAGAAGUUCCAACGUCUCCUUUGAAAAACAAGGGCUUUAAAUUAACGAAACAAAGCAUGUGGAGGUCCACACCAACCUGGCUAGCCAUUUCAGCCAACAGGCUUCCGUCUGCUGGACGUUUCAUGUCCAAUCAGCAAAGCCUUGGAAUGCAGCUUGCACAGCUCGGCCGGGAUGCCUCUGCUGCAGGCGCAGCCCGCCGUUUGACAACACAGAAAAAGGACUUGGAGGUUGUUGAAUCAGUUGGAGUUGCUGGAAAAUCCGAUUCCAACCAGACGGUGAAGUACUUUAGGCUAGAGUUUAUGGACAAAGCACAUGAAGAUGUGGACGAUGAUCUAGAUUUUGGAGCACUUGAAAAUGGAUUUGUUGCAAUAACUCCACUCUCUCUUUCGCCACAUAUAGAAUCGGACACACAUACAACUGCUUCAGAUUGGGUUUCUACUGUACUCCACGAAGAACAACAAUGACAAAUACGAUAAAAAAAUGUUUUGCGUCCUUUUGGAGCUGUAGUAUGUCGUUUUAAUUAUCAAUUCAACAUGCCUACAGAUUCAGGAUGAUGCCGUCCUUUUGAUUAAUUUUUUUAUCCUCUGGUCCCAUCUCCCAGUUAUUUAUUCUUUUUAUUUUUGUUGCGGAGCAAAUGCUUCCACACUAAUUUACAUGUUUGGCAUUAGAAUGCCAGUCUGUCCCUUGUUCAUUGCUGACAAAGUUGUAUCAGUUGGGUGGUUUUGAUAUUUCCCUUUUUGUCCCCCUUCAAUAUUGGAUGAGUGGGAUUGUUUGUUUGUAGUUGAAACAGUGUAACUGGAAAUGUUAAGGUUGGAAAUGUCUGUUGUAGCAUUCUCAUAAUUGUGUGUUUUGAAGCAAUGUGAAGGAAGAAAGAUUUGCAAAUGA